AUUUCUCCAUCACACCUGUGAGGCCUUCAGAUGAACGGCUGCCAGCACAUCAAACAUCAAAACACAUUCACUUUUUUUUUUCUGUGCUACAUCACCUAACCCAACAAAUGGAGUCACUAUCAAAAGUGGAUGAGCCGUUUCCUACACCUCCACCGUAUUUCUUACCAGAUGAAAGUCAAGCAGGGCAAGACGUGAGGAUCUACCAUAUUCACUCACCCUUCAGCCCUCCUCCACCUCUUCCUUCCUUCUCCUUUUCACCUGGAGUUGCCUGCUCAACUCAUUCACCCUUUCCAGCGUCCGCUCCCCCGCCGUCUACUCCCAGGCUGAAGUUUGUGAGCUACGAGACCGAACUGUAUCGCUCUCCAGCUCUGACAACAUGUCCUUCUUGUCAGACUCAGGUCACCACACAGGUCACCUAUCAAGUCGGGAAAUACGCGUGGCUCAUGUGUCUUGUGUUUGUGCUAUGCGGGUUGGUGCUCGGAUGCUGCCUGAUUCCGUUCUUUGUAAACAGUUUCAAGGAUGCCUAUCAUACCUGCCCUCGCUGUCGACGGGUCCUUCAUGUACACAGAAAAACCUGCUGUGGAUGAACACACACUCACUCACUGUGGUAAAAGUGCAUCUGGCUCCGAAUCAGCCAUGAUAGGUUCAAAUAUGUAGAUUCAUAUGUUUACGUGUAAAUUCCACUCUUGUAGAGAAGGAGGGUUUUAAACUAUAUUUUAUCCAUGUUUUGUAACCAAAGCAUAUGAAAUAAAUGUUUUCUGUGUGUUUCAA